AUGGAGGAGAAGAAGGCUUCGGGAAAAGCCAGGCUAGAGCACCGCUCACGGCUCCGUACUACACAGCAGCCUGGAGAUCUUCAGCAGAAGUGGGAACGUGGUUGGAGAACUCUUGCAGCAGAAUGA